CAUCGUAGAUGUCGUAGACACGUAAGAUUUCUAUCUACAUUAAAAAGAAGAAAAAAAAUAAGAAAUAAAACUUGGUCAAGCAUAAUUAACUAUGGAGUGCAAAUACCUAUACUAACAAAAAAGCAAAAUGUUUGGUACACGUGAUUUUCUUGAAUCAUAUUAUGAACAUGGCUGUUCGAUAUUACCUGAAAAGGAUGUUGUUUUUACUGAUAUUUCCAAUGGCAGCCGGAUGGUUAAACUCAAACGUUGGUGGUUUGACUUGUUUCUGUUGUCCUAUGACAAUAAGCGGUCUAGAAUUUAUUAUAAAAGCUCGUACGCGAUUAAAAUGGAGCGCAUAAGACAUUUUCGUCAUCACAGGAAUUGUAUUCAUCCUUUGAGUAAAUGCAGGAGUUUCUGGGAUUUAAUCAUGCUACCAGUAAUGAUUAUAAAUUAUUUGUUAGUUCAUCAUGCCACCACAUUCAAUAGCGGACAAUAUCCUGUUUCCGUAUACGCAUUCGGAGCUAUGCUUGAGUUUUUUGUUAUUUUUGACAUAUUCAUUAAUAUGAGAUGCGGCUAUAUAGAUAACGUUACUGGCAAAAUAAUAUUGAAUCUUCAUAGAAGUCUCAUUAGAUACUGCUCGACUAAACUCUUCUUUCAUGUAGCAUCAGCAAUACCUAUUUUGGCGAUUAUGUUUUUAAGAUACGGUUGCGACAUCGAUUGUACAGUAUAUAAAUUAAAUAAGUUUGUGUGCACUCUCUGUUUCUUGAAUAUUAUAAAGCUUCUCAGGUUAUACGAAACAUCGUUAUAUCUGAUAAGAGAGGGGUAUACUUUUAGAGCAACAUGUGUAUGCAGAAUAAUUCGAUUGGCCCUAUUGGCAAUUAUGACAACAUUACAGUUUUUGUCUAUCUAUAACGCUGUUAACGUUUUGAUUUUAAUUGAUGCUGGAAUUUUUGACGAGCAUUCUUACUUCUACAUAGUUUUAAAAAUAAUGUUCAUGGAAUUAGAUGUGCGCCUUAAUCUACAUCUUUUUGUAUUUACUUUUAUGCAAGUUAUUACCAUACUUUUGCACUUCAACUUCGGAUUUAACAGUAAAAAUUUUUAUUUAGAUAAAGUAUCUCCCAUAUUAGUAUACUUUGCUUCGACAUAUUUUCACAUGUGUUGUUUACUAGAGCUAUAUACAUAUUUUAAUCGAAAGAGAUUCACCGAAGAUAGGUUAUUGGGUAAAAAGGUUGCUGCCAGAAACAUGGCGAGGUGUCGCCAACUUCCUGAUAGAAUUGAAUUCAAACUGCGAUCGUACUACGAGUUUAACAUGAUAAAGCAUAGAAUUAUAGAGAAACACAGCAGCUUUUUGAAAUCUUUGCCUGUUGUGGUAAAGAGGGAAAUAGUUAUGAAUUGUUACACUAGGAAGAUAAUGAGAAUACCUUAUUUUAUGGACUGGCCACCGAGGGUAACUGAAAAUCUAAUGAACGUCUUGAAAGAAGAAAUUUAUCUCAAAAACGAUGUUGUGUCCGAACUUGGAAUACAAGGGCAUGGUAUGAUCAUCAUAGACGCAGGCGUGAUGGCGGUGUAUACGGCCGAUCAUGUCGAACAAGGUCAUCUCAUCGACGGCGAUUACUUUGGGGAGCUCUCCUUGGUCACCGACAGGGAAUGCCGUACAUCUUACGUGGUAGCUGUCACCAACUGUAAAGUUUUAAUUCUGGAGAAGAAUGUUUUUAGAAAAUUCAUGCGAGAAUAUCCGGAUCUCUUCUUCGAAAUGAAACAGAAGAUCAGAGAUCCAUAUCUUGCCAAUAAGUCCGGAAAAUCCAACCCGGUUACAAACCCAUAAAUUCAAUGUAAUGAUUUUUUUAUAUCGUGCUGGACUUAGGUUGAAGAGCAAGAGAGAAGCAAAGCACAAUAAAGCUCAAUUUCUUGGGUAUAGAAUGAUUAGAUUUUUCUAAAAUAAGCCAGGGGCUGGUAAUCCUCACUUUCACAGAAAUAAUAGUUCUUCUGGACCUAUUUAGUUUAUUACUUAUGUAUAAUUACAAAAAUAAGUUAUCUAAGUUAGUAUUAAAUUUAUAUACUCGUAAAUGUUAAAAGUAGGGUAGUAAAGAAAUAACUUUUAUUUGUACUUUAUAAUUACCGAAUUCUACGAUAUAACUAAAAUAAAUAAAAAAUCAC